AUGGCUAAGCCCAGUUCUUUGCCGUCUUCAUAUUCCUUGUUCUUGAUUUCUUCCAUGCUAUUUACUUCAUUCUUGGUUUCCUCUGAGGCAGAAGUGAAUGGACUAUCAUUUUCCUUCUAUUCCCAAACAUGUCCCAACCUUGAAACCAUUGUCAUUAACCAUCUCAAGAAGGUCUUCAAGCAAGCUCACUGGCAAGCUCCAGCCUUACUGGUCAUUUUCUUCCAUGAUUGCUUUGUUCAGGGAUGUGAUGGAUCUUUGUUACUGGAUGGGAAUCCAGGAGAAAGGGAUGAACCACUGAACAGAGGCAUAAACCAUAAGGCCCUGCAGACCAUUGAUGACCUAAGAGAGCUUGUUCAGAGGGACUGUGGAAGGAUCGUUUCUUGUGCAGAUAUCACUGUCUUAGCAGCUCGUGAUGCUAUUUUUCUUUCUGGAGGACCCUAUAUUAAAGUGCCACUUGGAAGACGAGAUAGUCUGAACUUUAGCAUUGAAGAAGCAAACAACCUUCCAUUACCCUACAACACCACCAAUGUGACCCUCAAAACCUUUGCAUCCAAAAACUUGGAUGUUACAGAUGUGGUGGCCUUAGCAGGUGCACACACUAUUGGUCAUGCCCAUUGCCACACAUUCUACAAUAGGGUUUCUCCUCCAGACCCCAACAUGGACAAAACCCUAGCCAAACUCCUAAAUUCCACUUGUCCCACUACGUACUCACGCAACACUUUCCACUUGGAUAUUAGAACACCCAAAGUGUUCGAUAACAAAUACUACAUUAACUUAAUCAACCACCAAGGUUUAUUCACUUCAGAUCAAGAUCUGUACGCAGAUAAUAGGACAAAGGGGUUGGUGGAGACCUUUGCACUUGACCAAACCUUAUUCUUCCAGAAAUUCAUGGAUGCUUUUAUAAAGAUGAGCCAAUUGAAUGUGUUGACAGGGAACAACGGUGAAAUUCGUGCAAAAUGUAAUGUGAUAAAUGAUGAGAGAUCUAUAGUGGCGUCUAUGGUGGAUGACAUUGUACAAUUACCUAAUUAG